CUCAUCGUUUUAUUUACCAUUUAAUUUCUUCAAUCAUAAUCUUUUGCAACAACUAAUUAAUUUUGUUGGGAAAAAAUUCUAGUACGAGUUUAGUUUACAAUAACACUUGAAGAGAAAAAUGAGAGACAUGAGGAAAGUAGUGCAUGGAUUGAAACCAGCCCUAAUGAUGUUGAUGGUUCAGAUUGCAUUUGCUUCUGUAAAUGUUCUCUACAAACUUGCCAUAAAUAAUGGAAUGAGCGUCAGAGUGCUUACAGCUUAUCGUCUUAUUUUCGCAGCAGCUACCACUAUUCCACUUGCCCUAAUUUUUGAAAGGAAAAACAGACCAAAGUUGACUUGGAGGGUUGUUUUUAUGUCAUUCUUUUGUGGUCUAUUUGGAGGAAGCUUAUUUCAAAACCUUUAUUUUGAAUCCUUGGCAUUGAUAUCAGCAACAUUUGCUUCCGCUGUUUAUAAUCUCAUUCCUGCCGUCACUUUUAUCUUGGCCGUUUCUUUUGGUUUCGAAAGGUUGAAUAUCCAAACGGCGGCCGGCAAAGCUAAGGUGUUAGGAACAAUAACCGGAAUUGGAGGGGCAAUGCUGCUAACAUUUCUCAAAGGCGUUGAAAUUAACAUUUGGACCUUCCACAUUAACCUCUUGCAUAAGGGAAAAAAUGGAACACUUAAUGAUGAUUCUGGUAGUAAAUUGUUGGGUAUUUUUUUUGGUCUUGGAAGCUGCUUUUGUUUUGCAUUAUGGCUCAUCAUUCAGGCUAAGAUGAGCAAAGAAUAUCAAGGACAUUAUUCAAGUACAGCAUUAAUGUCCUUGAUGGGGGCAAUUCAAGCCACUAUUUUUGCCCUUUGUGUUGAGAAAGAUUGGAGCCAAUGGAGGUUGGGUUGGAGUAUUAGGCUUCUAACUUCAGCAUAUUCAGGAAUUGUGGCCUCAGGUAUAAUGGUUAUUGUCAUUGCAUGGUGUGUAGGGAUGAGAGGUCCACUGUAUGCCUCUGUUUUCAAUCCCCUUAUGCUUGUGCUUGUGGCCAUUGCUGGUUCCUUGAUGUUGGAUGAGAACUUAUACUUAGGAAGUGUAAUUGGAGCAGUGCUGAUAAUGGCUGGAUUAUACAUGGUGUUAUGGGGUAAGAGUAAAGAAAUGAUAAGAUUGACUCAUUUAGAUACCGAAGAAAUCGACGAAAUUAAGGUUGUUGUCACGCCUAUCACCGUAGAUCCGGAAAACAUCAACUGUAGCAACAACAAUCAUACCAAUAGUAAGAGCAACAAUGUUGGCAAGGAUGAUGAACAUGAUAAUGAUUCAUUAAAAUGUGAACAUGAAGGACAAGACAUUGAAAGUAAUGGUAAACAAGAAUUGGUUUCAAGCCUUUAUGUGAAGUCUUGAGUGAUGAUGGCGUAAAAUGUGUAAAUAAGAAUAUUCUAAAUCAAAAUUUCCUUGUGUUAAAUAAUUUUUAAGUCAAUUUUAUAACUUUUGUUUAA